GUGCAGAUAGAAUAUCCAUGGAAGGUACUUCAACGUGUCACGUUGACAGUGGCGAGUUUUAAAGUCAUUUUAGUACACAGUUAUAAUAAACUUCUCUCGAGCGAGAAGUAACGCUUGUGAGUUUCGUAGUUCAUUCUUCCAAUCCCAGCGCCCAGAACCAAACUCCUUUUCGUUCCAACCAAUGCCUAAUGCUUGCUAAAAGCCCCACCAGCUAUUGUUGGUAAUGAAACGGGCUGACUCAUUUAUUGAUGAAGAAAUCGGUGAGGCUUUAAAUUCAUGAUUUCUAUAUUGAGAAGGCUAUCGAAACCAUCCCUCUACAUUACACAGAUCCCAAAACUCAUGGAAUCUUCGUCGGACUCUUCUGGGUGCUCAAGAAGGCUAGUCGCUUUGGCACAGCAACUCCGCCUUUACAAGCCGCCACCAUUGUUGGAUGACAUAGAUGAGCCAAGCAGUGAGGAGAGUAAUGGAAAGGUUGUUUCUCAAGUGGGUUUCCCGGAAUCGGCCACCCCAAUUUCCCGAGACCCAGAGAGAUUCAGACCCAAGAAAGCGGCAGUGUUGAUCUGCCUUUUUGAAGGGAAGGAUGGCGAUCUUCGGGUCAUUCUCACCAAGCGAUCGUCGAGGUUGUCUACUCACUCGGGUGAAAUUGCAUUGCCUGGAGGAAAAGCAGAGGAAGGAGAUGAAGACGAUGGGGCGACUGCGACGAGAGAAGCGGAGGAGGAAAUUGGUUUGGAUCCUUCGCUUGUAAAUGUUGUUUCUGUUCUUGAGCCAUUCUUGUCUAAGCAUCUCCUAAGAGUGGUUCCUGUUAUAGGCAUUAUGACUGACAGAAAUGCAUUCAUUCCCAGACCAAACCCUGCUGAAGUGGAAGAAGUAUUUGACGCUCCACUUGAUAUGUUCAUUAAGGAUGAAAAUCGGAGAUCAGAGGAAAGAGAGUGGAUGGGAUGCAAAUACCUUGUUCAUUUCUUUGACUAUGAAACCGAGAACAAGAAGUAUGUGAUAUGGGGUUUAACUGCUGGGAUCUUGAUAAGGGCUGCAUCAAUAGUACUCCAGAGUUCACCACCUUUUCUGGAGCAAAACCCUAUCUUCAAGGUAGAAGAUUCCAAAGAUUAUUGCACUCAUUUGGAUGCUUUUCAACUAGAACCAAGAAUAAAAUUUCAGAAUAGAGGAAGCCAGCAGUAUCAUGUGCUGAGAAAGUUACCUUUGAGACUGAAUGCUCACUGCUACCCUACAUAUGCCAUCAAUGGACAUAUAUUCUUCGACUUGACCUUUUCUUGAGGCCAAUACAUAGACUGACAUUCGUCUUACUGAUGAAUUGAAACGGAAACACUCGAAUGAUUGAUAGGGUGCAUGAAGUUCUAGAUAAUAGAAUUGGACGACCUCGUUUUACAGCAGUAGAGAUCGUAGAUUUCUCCAGAUAAAUAAGAAUUACCCUUGUAUUGGAUAUCUUUAAAAUUCUUCUCAUAUUUAAUGGAGAAGGGAAACACUUCAAUAAGCACUUACAAAAAGAGUUGCAGAGACAAGGCCAUUUGUAUAACCUUUCUCAGCUAAAUACCUCAUAAAAUUUCUCAAUGACAAGUAAA